AUGGCAUCCUCCUGUUGCAAGGCUCAGCUUUCACUUUGGCACGAGAUUAUCUCGAAAUGUAAUGAGAAGACUACGCCAGAGGACCAGCAUGUCAAAUUUAUUCAAAAACGAUUUGAUGAACUUGAUUCUAAAGGAUUUACUUGGUCAAAAGAAUCGAUCCUUGAUAUCUUUCUUCAACUCGGUCUAUCAGAAAGCCCAGAUGUGACUUCCUCAUCGGUCAAUGACUUACCCGAAUCUCGCGUUGGCCAAGAAAAUGAAAUCUCAUUUGAUGUGUUGACAGAAGUUAUCCAAAAUGUGGAAUUAGAACAUAAAUCUCGUCCAAUGGGCCUUUUGGAUCUACCUAUCGAGGUCUUCCACAAGGUACUUGAACAGCUCAAUUGCAUGGCAGGCCUCGAAGAUGGGCAAAAUUACAUGAAAAAGCACCUAGCCAAGGUGAUAAUCACAGGUCCGGGUGACAGGAAGCCAUACACGACCUAUUUGCACCAAAACUCACCAAUAUUGAACAGCAUCCAAGCCUUUUCACUUACUUCGCGUGAAAUAUACAACCGUUGUGAACCGUGGCUAUGGCGAAAAUUAAGUUUUCCCACUGCUCUUCCAGCACCAAUAGAUCUAUGGACUAAAGAUAUCCUUCUCAGAAGAGGCUCCCAUACUAAGUUUCAUCUGCAAAACCUGUUUCGCGAAAUUCGUCUCGAAGCGGCCAACAUCGAAAAUUACGGCGAACAAAUUACGGUGAACAUUUCCUCCCAUAUCGAAAAUUACGGCGAACAUUUCCUCUGUCGUUCCUUCACAACCAUGACGAAUAUGGACGUGGUCCCGGGCUCAUCAUGGGUACCCUUACCCAUCCUCGCGAGGAUGGAUGUUGGCAUACUAGGCAACCACAUAUCGAACCAAGCCUCUUCCCAAAAGGGAAUCCUAUUGGACGUGGACAAGGCAUUUCAACUCAUCACAACAUCCAUUUAG